GUUGGCUCUGACCUCAGUGAAUAAAUUUGAAGAAGCAGUUACCAGUUACCAAAAAGCACUGGAUCUUGAUCCAGAGAAUGACUCUUAUAAGUCAAAUUUGAAAAUAGCAGAACAGAAAUUAAGAGACAUGUCCAGUCCGACUGGAACUGGACUGAGUUUUGACAUGGCAAGCUUGAUAAACAAUCCUGCCUUCAUUAGUAUGGCUGCAAGCUUAAUGCAGAAUCCUCAAGUUCAACAAUUGAUGUCGGGGAUGAUGUCAAACGCCAUUGGUGGCCCUGCUGCAGGUGUUGGUGGCCUGUCGGAUUUGUCCAGCCUGAUCCAUGCGGGGCAGCAGUUUGCACAACAGAUACAGCAGCAGAAUCCAGAGCUCAUAGAGCAACUGAGAAAUCAUGUCCGGAGCAGAUCUUUCAGUGGCAGCACUGAAGAACAUUCCUGACUUAAAGGACGCAUGUGAAUUGGAAUGGUAUAUAACCCCAAAAUGCAUACCAUAGUUAGUAGCAAAAGCACCAUUGUUAACUCUUCUGCUUGAAUAGAAGACAGAAAAUUCUUUGUGUGUGUUUGCAAACAAGAAUAAAUCUGUUAAAGAGAUCUAUUGCACAUAACUGGGAACAUAUUGUUUAUGUACAGUUACUCCUCUGAAAAUUAAUACACUAAAUAGGUGGUUUAUUAAAAUCUCUAAGUACAAAUAAUUUUCAGUACGUGCAUUAGAUUGAUCUCCAGGACUACUGAGUGGAGAGGAGUUUUGUAGGGGGAUGAUGUUGCAUAUCACCUUAAUUCUAAAAUCCUAGUGUAAAAGGCACAUUAUUCUUACAGUAAAAAUCAUUAUGGCUG